AUGGCUGGCAUAUUCGAUGUUUUUUAUUCUGAAAAAUUUACUACUCAAGAUUUAUGCUCUUCACAUUCAACAACAGAGCUUUGCCAGAUCCUAGCACUAUUCGUUUUUUCUGGCGGCGGGGAGUGGAAUAUUCUCCAGGCUGGUAGGUUGGCUAAUUGGCUUGGUGCACAUUGGUGGACUUGGCUGGUUGGUGAGCUAAGCACAGCUCAGGAGAAUGGUAGCGUUGCUUGUGGUCAUCCUAUCUCCUCCAGCUCACCACUGCGACCUGACGUCUUAUUUGACGUCUUUGACCCGGGAAGUCGGCAAACUAAGCGAAUAGCCCGGCCACGCCUGCUUGCAAUAGAAUUGCACGGCUGCCAAGCUGGAUUAAAUGCGGCCAGACAGACUACGGCGACAUUCCAAAACAGUAUAGCAGCCAGCAUUAAACCAGCAUGGGACGGCAAUGUGCAACUGGUGCAUCAGGACCGAGAUGGUGACCAGCUUCCACGAACCUCUAAUAGUGUGAGGCUUUUGAUUUUUAUUUAA